AUGUCAGUUAUUACAUGUUCGAUGAACUACAUAGCUAUGGCAUUAAAUUUGAUCGAAAAAACUUGUUUCAACUUAGAUAUUGGUGGCCACAAAAACAUGAGUUUGUUGUACGAAAAAUACGAAAACGCGUUACAUGAAGCUUUUAUUGCGAUGGUCUGGAACAAUUGCAAAGCGUAUAAAAAUAUAUUGGAUGGCGAUCGCGUGGCCUUCAUGAUUAACGGACAGCUGAUCGAUGACAAAUUUACUCUCGUCCCUAAUAUCAACAUCAUAUACACCACGUUAGUCAAGGCUAUGGACGAUACUUUGAACCGAUUAAAAUCAGUUCCCAGAUGGCUGAGAACCACUAAUGUUCUGUGUCCGUUCGUCAAUAUCAUGGGGACCGACGAAUCACAUUUGCCCUAUACAUAUUACACUCACGUGGCGAAAUGCAAGGAUUUAUACGACAUAAAAAAAGAAUGUUACAGUUCCAUCGGAGAACUUGUCAACCGGUUGCAAAUAGCAGUACAGAAGUUUGCAGGAUUUGGUUUCAUGUUUGAAAAACGAAACAAAUUGAUAAUCAAUCAAUUUUCUGAGACAAAUCCUACACUGGCUAAUUACAGAGAGAAGUUGAAAUAUUUCCUCACGCUAUCGACCCGUGUUGAAUGCGAGUCGCACAUAGACUAUGGCUGUAUACGAAUCGACGUUUCCGAUUAUAUCAUUGUGCUACGGGAACGGUGUGAUUUUUGGCAUUCAGUUUACGGGGAUCAAUUGAUACUCGAAUGUGACAAUAUUAUGGCAAAGUUUUCUCAAAGGAUCAUGUCAUUAGAAAAGCAGUUAAAUAAUCAUUUUCGAAAUUGCCAAGGACUUGACAUAGUGGAAAAAGCUAUUAAAAAAAUCAGACAAACAGUAUUUCAUGCUGAUUCCACAUUUCAUGAAAUACACAAGCGAUUCCAUUUCAUGACGCAACAUAAAAUAACUGUGCCAAAUUAUCAAUUAAGCCACUUCAAAGAUGUACAAAACCAUUGGCAGAAUUUGUGUAAAGAUGCGUUAAGCAGGAACUUAUGUUUUGAAAAUGCAAAAUCUGGUCUUGUUACAAUUAACACUUUAUAA